AUUCUGGAGGUACUCAAAAGCCAAAGUAUCAUUACCGAGACUAUGCAGGAACAAUGGAAGCACCAGUUAGAACAAUAUCAUAUUGUAUCCUUCUGGGGUACUUUUGACGAUAUUGUAUCUCGACAGAGUGCACGUUUGGAUCUACCCGGUAAUCGAGAGAGCUUAGUACAACUGAACGCGGACCAUAGUGGAGUAUGUAAGUUCGGCUCAAGCCCAAACCGACCAGGAUAACUUUAAAUUGGUGCGAGGCAAUAUGAAAGAAUUAUUCGAAAAAGUAAAGGCGACAGAAUUAGCCACCGACAAAGAGAGGCCGGAAAUCUUAAAGAGCCUCGAUGUUUUACCAUACAGAGAUCGCAAGGACAGAAACUCAGAGCGCGUCGAAGGGACGUGUGUAUGGUUCACCGAGAAUCCAUUAUUUCAUACCUGGCGAGAUAGUGUAGAAUCCCGAUUUCUUUGGUUGUCCGCAAAUCCAGGAUGUGGGAAGUCUGUUCUAGCAAGGUACUUGGUCGACGAAGUGCUCCCUAGCACUGAUACAAGAACAACCUGCUAUUUCUUUUUCAAAGACGAUUUCGACGACCAAAAGAGUUUAUCAUCCGCCUUGUGCUGCGUGCUACGACAGAUUAUCGAUCAAAAGCCGAACCUACUCACUAAAGAGCUCGUUAAGGAAUUCAAAGCUAGCCAGACGGUGACUAAAUCAUUCCAAGAUCUAUGGGAUAUGCUGGUUGGUAUUGCCGGUAACCCGAAUGCCGGAGAAAUAAUUUGCGUCAUAGAUGCUUUUGACGAGUGCGAGCAAGCCGAACGACAACAAUUAAUAGCGGCCUUGAAUUGGUUUUACUCGCCGAAUUCUUUGCACAGAACCAAGUGCAAAGUCAAGGUUUUCUUAACCAGUAGACCAUACUUCGCAAUCCAUGUCGGUUUCAAGCCUCUCAAGGAUCUCCUCCUUAAUCUUCAUCUUGAUGGAGACGAUGAAAUUGACCAAAUUUCCCAAGAGAUCAACAUAUUUAUCAUGAAUAGAAUAAGUGAUCUCAAACAAUACCAUAUGCUUUCCGAAUAUGGUCAGGCCACCCUACAACAAGCGGUUACUCAAAUUCGCCAUCGAACAUACCUAUGGGCGCACCUGAUAUUCGACGACUUAGCGAGGAAUUUCAUCAAUCUUCCAGAGAGUAGCCUGAGGAACUAUAUCCGUGAACUUCCCCGAACCGUAGAAGGCGCAUACGAUAAAAUUCUACGAGGCAGCUCUAACCCAGAAAAGGCUAAACGACUUUUAAGUAUCAUAGUGGCGGCAGAGCAACCAUUAUUAUGCAAAGAGAUGGCUGUGGUUUUAGAUAUAAGAUGCGAUCACCGAACAUAUAGCCAUCUAGAAUUAGACGACGAUGAACGGUUUUGCACUCGGAUCAGAGAGCUGUGUGGACUUUUUGUAAUAAUUGUGGACUCAAAAAUUUACCUCCUUCACCAGACAGCAAGGGAGUUCCUGGUCAGGAUCCUAGACCAUCAAGCUCCAAACCCCGCUACGACCAAUAAGCUUCAUUAGAAGCACUCGAUCGAGUUAGUUGAAGCGCACCGUAUUCUCGCCGAGGCUUGUAUAUGGUUCCUUCUACUUGAAGACGAAGCACCACCGCGAGGUGAAUCCAGGAAAUGGCAGAAACGCAACAAC